AUGGGACAGAGUGUUAGUGUAGAUAACGAUGGCAUUAGGGGGGAUGUGGAAUUGGUAGAGGUACCUAAAGAAGAAUUGAUUGGUUUUUUCCAUAUGAAAUGUAAGUCAUUACUACGCAAGGUGGAACUAAAGGCAAUUGCUACCAAGACCAAUAUUACUAAUUUAAAUGAAAAGACAGUCAUAACUCCCAGUGAUUUGGCUUACCUUCUACAAUUGUGUCGUAAGGAUGAUGAAGUGACACUGAUCAAUCAAAAAUUUGGUGAUGUUGUACAGAUAAUCUAUGACGCAUUAAAAAUAACUGGUUCAACACCUUUUCUACGGGAUUUUGAAAACCAACAAGGGAAUUCCUUAACUAUUGAUGAUUUGAUAGUCAAUUCCGUUGUAUACAAUGGGAAAUUGAAGAAAGUUGUGGCUGAUUAUGAUAUUUUAAAGGUAUUGUUUGUGUCUUUGUCAUAUAAAAGUUUGGUGGAAUACAGUAAAUUCCAUGCAAAAAAGGAUAACGUGGAUAAUUUAGUCACUAUAAAAGCCCUAAAAGUCGAGUCCGAUCAAUUACAGAAAAGAUUGAUCUGGAAAAGUCUUGCACAAUUCAAAGACUUCGAUGGAAUUGACAUAAAUGAUUUAUAUAUUGAUGGCUAUGAUUUGCACCAAUUGUUAACUUUAUUCCUCCUUUUAUCAUCAAUUCCUCCUAGCAGUAAGUUAAGAAUGGAGUCAGUCUUGUACAAAUUAUUGAAAGAGAACUGGGGGAACUUUGAAGAAUCAGCCCUCAGUUUAUUGAAGUACAUGGAUAUUAACAUUAAUUCACAUAAUAUGAAAUCCACCAAAAUCAAGUAUGAUCAGUUUUUCACCAACGAACAUCAAAUAGUCAUAAAAUUGCUAAAGGAUGGAUUCACUGCAUUAUUCGAAACUGGCUUUUUAUCUUCAAAUUUUGAUGAUACUACAGUUUCAGAAUCCCAACCUAAAGAAUCGGCUUUUUCAGGUUCAAAAUUGAUGAACAAUGCUACAAUCUCAAGUUUUAGUACAGCCCUCAAAGCUGUAGGUUCAGAAACUCAAAUAACAACAGAAAAUCUAAUCAAACUCUACAUUGGAAAAGAAGCAGGGUUUUCUAUAAGAUCUUUGGAACUGAAGAUUUUCAAAUGGCAGGCUCCAACAUUAUUCAUUGUUUCAGGUAAAAGGUUAAAAUCAAAAACAGUUUCUUCCAAUAAAAGGUACCUCCAGUUUGAUAACGAAUAUCCUAGAUAUUUCAGGUCAGUAGAAAAUCCUUUAAAAGACUGGCAAUUAGAAAAUGAUCGCAUAACCUAUGGUGUGCUUGUAGGUCAACCAUGGAGAACUUCCAAUAAAAAGAACUUUGGUGAUACUCAAACGACAAUUUUCAGCUUGUCGCCCCAUUUUGAUUUCUAUAAAAGUUCAACCAGUCCUAUCUUAAAAGGAGAGUCCAUAUACUUCAACACUUUAGGUCUUGGAUUAGGUUUUGGUAAUGAACAACCAAUCAACAAAAAUGGUGUUAGAAAGUACUUGCCAGGAGAUGUUUCUUUAACCAUAGAGUCGAAUCUUGAAUUUGCUGUGUUUAGGCAUCUUUCAAAUGGAUCUAAUUCCUACUUCAAGAAAUCCCAACAACAUCAAUUAUCCUCUGAGAACUUCGAAGAUAGGUUCAUGAUCACUGAUUUGGAAGUUUGGGGUGUUGGGUCCACCAAGGAAUUGGAAUUACAAAAGAAACAAUGGGAAUGGGAGAAUAAACAAGCAGAGUUACGUCAAAGUGUUAACUUGAAGACUAUGGGAGAAGACAGAGCAUUUUUAGAAAUGGUUGGUCUUGUAGGAAAUCACGGAGGAUCUGGGGGGUCUGUAUAG